UAUGUUUUGAUAGCUCAGCUGUUCUAACCUCAAAUUUUGCAAGAUAUUCCUAAAAAAGAGAAAACAUCAUUAAAAACCCCCAUUAGUUUAAGAUUACUAAGAAAAUUACCUUACGAUUACCAUCAAAUGGCCAAAUUAAUGUAUUUUUCAUAAGUAACUCAUGACAGGAGCUUUGUUAUGACAACUUAUACAAUUUAAUCAAAAAUAACAAAAGUUCAACAUGAUAAUAUACUACUUUUAAUAGAAGGACAUGAUACUAAAGUCAAGACAGUUACAUCUUUACAGAAUCUUAAACAAAGAAAAGUAUUACAGGGCCAAAAAGUUAAUUGGAUACUCAGAUGAACAAAUGUACUCAGUGGUAGCAGACAUAAAACACUACAAACAAUUCCUUCCCUUCUGCACCAAGUCAACCAUACUGGACACAAAAGGUAACAUCCUCCAUGCCAACCUAGAGAUCGGAUUUCCACCUGUAGUGGAAAACUACACCUCAAAAGUGACUUUAGUGCAGCCCCGCAUGGUCAAAGCCCAAUGCAACGACGGACGUCUAUUUAACUACUUGGAAACCACUUGGAAAUUUGCUCCCGGACUACCCAGCAAUUCCAACAGUUGUAUCAUAGACUUUUAUGUAAAGUUCGAAUUUAAAUCUAUGUUACAUUCCCAGUUGGCCACCAUGUUCUUCGACAGGGUGGUCAAACAGAUGGAGUUUGCUUUUGUUGAUGAAGUGAGACGACGAUAUGGUAAGGAGUCUAUAGAAAGUCAUAUGUUGAAAAGUGAGGUUAGUUGAGGUUACAGUUGUAUAUUGUUUAUUUAUUGUUUAUUUUAAUAUUGGAAUAUAUUAUAAUGAGUUUUUAAAUAAUUAA